AAGAAACACAACUCAAACUUACAAUAUAAAAACCAAAAGCCACCAAUUUUUUUAAAAAGGUCAUCAAGCGAUUUACAACAAUGUCUUCUUCACUUACAAUCUUCUUCUUCUUCUUUGCUUCAACAUUCCUCUACACUUCAUCAAAUUCAUUCAACAUCACUAACAUCUUAAACGAGCAUGAUGAUUUCUCAACUUUCAACCAGCUUCUCUCCGAAACUCAGCUCGCUUCUACCAUCAACAAACGUCAAACCAUAACCGUCCUUGUUGUUUCCAACGGUGCACUCUCCUCUCUCUCCGGCCAACCAACCGCCGUGAUCAAGAAAAUCCUUAGCCUCCACAUCGUUUUAGAUUACUAUGACCAGAAGAAACUAAAGAAUCUGAGCAAGAAAUCAAUACUCCUCACCACUCUUUUCCAAUCUAGCGGCCUAGCAAGAGGCCAACAAGGGUUCUUGAACGCAACCGUUACGAAAGACGGAGACGUGGCGUUUGGAUCUGCGGUUCCUGGGUCUAGCCUUGAUGCUCAGCUUCAAGACACUGUAGCAGCACUACCGUUUAACAUCUCGGUGCUUCAUAUUAGUAGUGCUAUAAUGAUUGAUGUUAAAGCUGAUAAUGCACCUACUGCUUCUCCUUUGUCACCGGUAUCAUCUCCACCACGCCCUGCAGAAUCGCCUAAUGAUGAUGGUCAUGAUUUUGACGAGCCACCAUCCUCUGCUCCUGGUGCUGCUGCUGCUGAUGGACCUUCUGAAAACGCCGGCUCAGCCAAUGGAGUUUCAAGGAUCGAUUCUCAGCCUGCGUUCGCGUUUACCCUGUUGAUGUCAUCCAUUUGGUGGCUCAUGGCUUGACUUCGAUGAGAAACAGAGUGCAAAGAACUAAACAGAUCAGUUCAAG